AUGCCAGCUAUCUCGCACAGCAUCUUCAUCCACAACAGCACUGGCCAGGGCAUUGGCUCAGGAAACGAAACCGGGAUGAUGCCAGCGGGUACCUACAUCCAGGCUACUCAAGGCGAGGCUCAAUGGUGGAUAUAUCUUGUCGGGGCUGUAGGGGUGAUAGGUGGUGUUGCGACUGUCUUCAUGUGUGUCGAUACGAUAUGGUUCCGUGAUGCUAGGCAGGCAGGUCAUGCCACACCCAGCGUGCCGGCUGCACCGACCGCACCAGGCGCACCCAAUGACCACGAGAUGAACGUCAUCCACCAGCCAUCAUCACCUUAUGAAAUGGCUGCUGCUGCUACCGAGCCGCAGCGCGAGCGCAACAGACGCAACGAGCUGAACGCUAACGGCCAGGGCGAGGCCGGUACUGGUAUUUUUAUAAGCGGCGAUGGUAUUACAGCUGGCCAAUUAGUCGAACCAGAAGUCGCCAUUCCAGCGGACCAGGCCUAA